GUUGAGAACGAAACGAACCAGCUCCAGGAUGGCUCUCUGAUCGACCUGUGCGGAGCGACGCUGCUGUGGCGCACCGCGGAAGGCCUUUCCCGCACUCCCACCGUCAAGCACCUGGAAGCGUUAAGACAGGAAAUAAACGCGGCGAGACCCCAGUGUCCUGUGGGCUUUAACACUUUGGCCUUUCCCAGCAUGAAGAGAAAAGAUGUCGUAGAUGAAAAGCAACCGUGGGUGUAUCUGAACUGUGGCCACGUCCACGGUUAUCACAACUGGGGAAACAAAGAGGAGAGAGACGGCAAGGAUCGCGAGUGUCCCAUGUGCCGCUCCGUCGGUCCCUACGUGCCGCUCUGGCUCGGGUGUGAAGCGGGAUUUUAUGUGGAUGCGGGACCUCCAACUCACGCCUUCAGCCCGUGUGGACACGUGUGCUCAGAAAAAACAACUGCAUAUUGGUCCCAAAUUCCUCUUCCUCACGGUACUCACACGUUUCACGCAGCCUGUCCUUUCUGUGCCCAUCAGCUGGCUGGUGAGCAAGGUUACAUCAGACUCAUUUUCCAAGGACCUCUUGACUAACACGCGUCCUUCCGAGGACUGCAGGAAACUGAUAAGCUAAACCAUUCUGAUUUUUAAACCAACUGGUUUUUCGUAUUCUCUGGGCUUUGCUGAUUUGCAUUAAGAUGAAGAAAUUUUGUUGGGUUUUUUUGUUGUUACAGCAGCUAAAUCCCUCUCUACUGAGAGAAGUCUGGAAAUGGAAGAAACGAGGGGGGAGAAGGGGGAGAACUCCUGCUUUUCUCUUUUUUUUAGUGAAUAACUCCUGGAGAGGUGAAGGAAGAGCUGUAGAGUGAACUUUGAUGCCUUCCCUGUCAUGAUUUUAAAUCACAUGCCCACAGUGUGUUGGAAAGUUGUUUCCUUCUUUUUUUUUUUUGUAUAUGGAGGGUAAAUAGUUCAAAGAACAUGAGUUUACAGCUUGGAUGCAAACGUUGUAAAAUAUA